AAUGUUUUUUACAUUUUAUUCUUUCAUAAUUCUUUGAACUCCCUGUAUUCCAUGAUGAUGAGGCAUAUAGGUAACCUAGGUUUAACUACAUGAAAGGUAUAACACUUGUGCAGACUCAGCAUUAAAACAGCUUCAAACCUCCAGUAGGGGCUUGGCUCGUCCGAAGGCCACUACUUUUUUGGCUUACAAGGCAUGUCCGCAUCAAGCAUGAGACAAAAUUUUCUCCGUUUUGACAAGCUGUUUAAGGCAGAAUGUCGUCUUUGUCAUACAGGGAAGAGAGGACCAAACGUUCUCAUUACAGGCGGGCUGGGACAGCUGGGAACCGGUUUAGCCCGUGAGCUGAGAGCCAGACACGGAGCAGAAACUGUAAUUCUGUCUGAUAUCAUUAAGCCUGAGGAAUCCGAGAUUGCCAAUGGGCCUUUUAUCUUUGCUGAUGUGCUGGACUUCAAGUGUCUUCAGGAAAUAGUUGUCAACAAAAGAAUUGAUUGGAUUGUUCAUUUCUCUGCACUUCUAUCUGCUGUGGGAGAAAACAACGUACCCUUGGCAGUCAGGGUAAACAUAGAGGGACUUCAUAAUGUUAUGGAGCUUUCUAAACAAUAUAAGCUGAAGCUGUUUGUACCAAGUACUAUUGGAGCUUUUGGUCCUGAGUCCCCACGCAAUCCAACCCCAAAUCUUUGUAUCCAGAGACCAAAAACCAUCUAUGGGGUAUCCAAGGUUCAUGCUGAGCUGCUUGGAGAAUAUUACAACAAGAGAUUUAACCUGGAUUUUAGGUGUCUGAGGUUUCCUGGAAUCAUCUCUUACGAUUCUCACCCUGGUGGUGGAACUACUGACUACGCAGUGCAGAUCUUUCAUGAUGCCAUCACCACCGGCAAACAUCAUUGCUAUCUUAGGCCAGAUACAAGACUUCCCAUGAUGUACAUUGAUGACUGUCUAAGAUCGACCAUAGAGUUCAUGUUAGCGCCUACAGACAAGCUUAGCACUAGAACCUACAAUGUUCAUGCAAUGAGCUUUACACCAGAAGAACUCUUCAAUGAGGUGAGAAAGUGGGUUCCUGAGUUAGAGAUUGAAUAUAAUCCAGAUGCUAGGCAGAAAAUUGCUGAUACUUGGCCCAUGGUGUUUGAUGAUAGUAUUGCCAGACAGGAUUGGGGUUGGAAACCCAGUAUACCCCUGGAUAGUCUAGUAGAGAUCAUGAUUACAAACCUCAGGAGGUUGUAUAAAGAGAAAGAAAAGGCGUAAAUCAUUUGUAAUUUUGUGUGAUAUAAUAAAUUGUUUAAUUUUUGUGUA